ACCUUUCGACCUCACCACUUCAAUAACCUGUUACCGCGUCAGUCAGGUGUUGAACAGCAACGGAGGGACAAUCUUGACAGUACGCUCAACAAUCUACAAUGGCAGGCGGAGAAGCUAAAGUCCUGGUUGCCGUUGAUCCAAGUGACCUGAGCGAGCGUGCCUUCAGAUGGUACCUCUCAAAGUUCAACCAGCCACAACACAAGGUGAACAUCUGUCACGUGCCGGAAUACUGGGCAAACGUCCAGCGGAUGAUGAGCCCUGCACGGUUGCAAGAAGUUGUUGAAGCGACCAAUGCCACAACGAAGCAGACAGAAUUAAAGUACGACGCUAUUUGUAAGGAAUUUGGGAUCGAGAGUCAGUUUGAGGCGUUAAAGGGCCAGGAAGUGUGGCAUGAGAUCUGCGCCUACUCCAAGAAGAUCCAUGCUGACGUCAUCGUGAUUGGCACCCGCGGGAUGGGGGCCAUCAAGCGUACCAUUCUCGGCAGCGUGAGCGACGGCGUCCUCCAUCACUGCCACAUCCCCGUCCUCAUCUACAAGGAGUGACGUCUCUCACCACUACCUCAACACUCUUGUGUCACUAGAGGACAGAUACGAUGUAUUAAGCAGAAACGUUGUAUGUUCAUGUAGAGAGGUUGUGUUCUGACCGAUAAACACACGACAGUUCUAGAUAGUUUACAUAAUAACAUAUACUCAAUGACAUAUACUGAACAAAGAAGGUUAGGGAUACUUUUUGUCGUCAUGACUGCCCUCGAUUUCACAAAAAAUAUACCCAAACACUUAUCAUCCCUUACUUUGUUUUUUUCAGGAUAUGUUUGAUACGAGAUUUAAUAUAUAUUUUUGUAGGCUUGAGAUUUUUUACCAGUUUGUUUGUUGAACCGUUUGUUAUCUAAGUUACUAGGUCGCAAUAGUGAAUGCGGGGUUAACGGCAAUAUAGAAGUGUAGAUUAUAUGCAGAAGUAAUGCACCCUUAGGUUUGGUGUAAUUCUGGAAUUAUUAGCGUAAUGGCAGUUUGUAGACUAUUUACCGCAGAUUUGUACACAUAUGUUUUUGUAAACCUUUUAUCAUACUCGUGAAGAUACGGGGUGUAACUGGUCUUCAGCAACCUGUGCUUGUCGUGAGAGGCGACUAACGUGAUCGUCUGGUGACUUGAUGACUUGGUUGAUGCAUGUUGACCAAUGUUUAUGUCAAUCACUGGAUUGUCUGGUCCAGACUUGAUUAUUUACAGACCGCUGUCAUACAGUCGGAAUAUUGCUGAGUGUUGUGUUAAACAACAAAACAAGAACAAAAUCUUAUUAUACUGCCAUUGUGGUGGUAUUUCGUGCAUAAUAUCAACAUGUGACUUCCAAAUGUUUUGCUCAAUGUGAUAUAACGUCAGACCACAUCGCGAUCCUGGCCCACGUAUUGCUAGCCGUGACGUCGCACAAAGGUAGCCAUGGCGACGCCCCUGCGUGAGUGUGUCGUGAUGACGUGAACUCCUAGUUCAGUCUAUUCGUUAACAUAUGGCUGUAUGGUGUGCUGAAACAGUCCAAUACUGUGGUCAGUGUGUCUGCCUCUGUAUCCAUCGUACUGUUAACCAACACGCCACAGUAGAAGAUUAACAAACAUCACUAUAUCACACACGUCAAACUUGCAUAAACCCAGCCGAUUGAUCGGAGAAUGUGCAUUUAAGUAAUAAAAAAUAUUUCGUUA